CUGGGCUGAAGAUUUGUGUGUCCCGAAUGGCUCCACAGACUUUGGUCCUUGCUAAGCAUUUGUGCUGAAGACAGGUUGUUAUGAGACUCGUGCCAUUCCCCCACUGUUUUUUCCCAUCACAGAUCCUGAAAGACCAGAGUGUAACUACCUGCCACAAAGCUUUGCUCUGCCCCCAAGACUCAGUAUGGAAGCCAUUGCCAAGUUUGAUUUCACUGCUUCUGGAGAAGAUGAGUUGAGCUUCCAGGCUGGGGAUAUGUUGAAGAUUUUGAGCUCCCAGGAAGAGUGGUACAAGGCUGAGCUCAGAAGUCACGAGGGCUACGUUCCUAAGAACUUCAUUGAUUUCCAUGUUCCCCCCUGGUUUGAUGAGAAGAUAUCCCGCCACGAAGCAGAGAACCUUCUCAUGAGCAAAGGAGUCGGCUGCUUCAUCGUCCGAGCCAGUCAGAACUCUCAUGGUGACUUCUCCAUCUCUGUCAGGCAUGAAGAUGAUGUGCAACACUUCAAAGUGAUGAGGGAUUCAAAGGGUAGCUAUUACUUGUGGACAGAGAAAUUCCACUCACUAAACAAGCUGGUGGACUACUACAGGACAACUUCCAUCUCCAGGCAGAAGCAGAUCUUCCUAAGGGACAACAGCCAAGAAGAAAAGGAGAGGCGUGGUGGGAGCCUGGAACGGAUAGGUCGGGAAGGAUUCCAUGUGGGAGGAGCAGCUGGAGAAGAUCAUUCUUCUAUAUCCACGAGAUAUUUAGAACAUCCUGUUCCCAUACUGCAGCAGCAACAGGAAAGAUAUGGUGGGAGUCUGGACAGGAAUGACAUGAUGCACAGACUAAGGGAUCAUGGCCAAGGAAGUGCAGGAGCUAUGCAGCGGAGACACACAGACCCUCUGCACCAGCAGACACCACGAACGCUCUGGGUCCGUGCCUUGUACGACUUCGAUGCUCUGGAGCACGACGAGCUGGGCUUCCGCACUGGGGACAUCCUGGAGGUCCUGGACAGCUCCAACCCCUCCUGGUGGAAGGGACGCCUGCGUGGGGAACUGGGGCUCUUCCCUGCCAACUAUGUCACACCAGUGCUGCUGUGAGGGCACAGGACGGCCCAGAGGGCUCUGCUGGAGCUGCCCUUCUGACGUGACAGGGACAGAGAAGGAGUGCAUCUUCCCUUGCCACCAGGACAUAUAUUGUUUUUUGUUUUGUCUUAAUUUAUUGGCAAUUGAUCUUUUGAAAUGUUAGUAUGAAAGUGAACCCGUUGAGGAAGAAAUUUUUUACCCCUUUUUUUCACAGUCAUGAAGGGGAGGGAGCAAAAAUCUUGGACUGUUCAUUGACCCACCUUUGCUGGGUGCUCCCUGCCCUGUCACCUCUUUGGCUAAUUAUUGCUAAGCUCCUGCAAUUAGGUUUAUUCUCUGGAAAUGCCCCUCAGGAAAGUCAGACUUCAGGUUAAGUUCAGGUAGCCCUAUGCCUUCAUUUUGGAUCUGGCAGCAGUCAUAGUCUCUUCAGGCUCACUUCGACCUUUCUGUCAGAGGCAGGAUGGACACCCAAGUGAAUUAAAUGAUCCUUAGCAACCACAUUAAUCCUUCAGUUAGGGCUUUAGGUUGAGGUUGAGACAAUCUAGACUUUCCUUAAUAGUUUCUGGCUUUCUUCUAGUUUAACUAUUUACUUAAUAGUUUCUGGCUUACCCAUCUCACACUGUGUGUGUGGAGUGUAUGGAUAUAGCAGAUGAAGGGGAGGAACCCUGUAAGCUUUUGUACAAACAUGCAAGUGGUGAAGGUAUGGGAGGGCAAGAAGCUUCCUUUGCUUCUUCUCGUAGGCCUGCUCUUCUCUCUGUACCUCCUAACAAACUUACCCAUUUUCCAGCUGCUCUCUUAGGUACCUACACUUCAGCUAGACAGCCUGAUUAGAGCAGAACAGGCCCUUCAGCUAAAUUAGUAUCCGCUGGAUUGGAUAACAAUUAAUAUCCCUCACUGGUUCCUUUUGUAGAACUGAACUGGGGAGGGAUUGGAGAGUUUUCUCUGGUGCUGUGCUGAGGAUCACCAUGUACACAACUCUGGCUUACUAGAGAAAUGUCUCAUCCAACAGAUUAAGCUGUUAUUUUACAGUAUACAGAGAAUAAAGCUGUAGCCAUCUAAUGGUCUAUUCUCUAUCCUAGGUUCUUUUGGAUAAAAUAAGGUAAACUAAUAGGUUUUCAAAUAACUGCUGAGUGAAUGCCCAGAUGUGAUACAAAUUUAUUGCAAAUGCACAUUACCUGUCUCCUUCACAAACUCUGUGAUGGGGACUCUGCUUCAUAACCACUGCUCAGGCAUGUUCAUAUGAAACAAGCUGCCUGAAUUUUUCACCACAUGUGGGACCUCAGCAGUCAGCAAGGAGAAGUGAUGAUUAAUCAUUAUUGAAAAAGAAAGAAUAGGCAAGUGAAAACCUCUAAACAAAAAUCAGACUCAGCAACAACAACAAAAAAAAGUUCUUCUCUUUUGUUAGCCCCAGUGGAAGAAAAAGAACCCAGGAAAUAGGUUCUUGGGGAAAGCAAAUUCAAUGUAGCUGGCCUGAAUAAAGCUGCCAGCUAGACAGAGUAUCAGCACAAAGAACCCAUUUUGAGAGAACUCCACCAAAAGCAGAUUGUUAAUGGGUGAAGUAAAACGAGAAUAUUUAACAAGGCAUAUCAGCUCUAUAGAGAACUUUGAAAGACUCAGUAAGAACUUACUGGCUACCACAGUGGUCCAGGGAAUACGACUGCCUGGGCUGGAAGUGGCCCUGUUCUCUUGCAGGAGCUCUGUUCUGGCCCUUUAGUGUCUUCUUCUGAAGGGAAGUCCAUGAGGCUUCUUUUGGAACAAGAUCCCUUACCAUUUGUAUGAGGGUGUACCCUCAGUGACUCCAGUUUGAAGAGUGGUUUGGUGUGAUUUGCCCUUUUUUAACCUUUUUGUAUGUUGGCUGGUUUUCUGCUAAGGUAGUAAUAAAUUUGAAAAUGACAGGGUUAAUACUCAGUGAGGGAGAGGGAGAGCGUUAAGGCCAAGAGGAGAUGGAACCAAGAAACUAGAGCCUAACAAAGGCAAGGGAGGGAUAAAAAUGAUGAAUAUUUCAUAUUCAGCUCUGGCUGAAACAAAAGAAAUGGUGUAUUCACAAUUAUUCCCAUCAUGUCAAAUCAUCUUUCAAUUAAUUCCCUUUUUUCUGUAUUAGUUGCUCUUAAAAUUAGAAGCAAUGUCUCCUUUUCCUUUCCUCAGCACUCUAAAGACCCUCUUGGUAGUGAAGAUGUAGUUGCACAAAAUUAAUUGAAGAUAAUGCACUUAGCAGUUUGAUAGCUCUUCAUGCAUUUGAAACCCCUUUACAGAGAUUAACUAAUUAAGCAAGUCUAAGUAGUGCAUUGUAAGUACCCCCGUGCUAACUCAUGACUCAUUUGAGGAAGAGGUAAAUUUUCACGGGAUUUUUUGAAUUGAUGUUUAAGGAACUAAUACCUAAGGUAAUUAGUUUUAAAGGACUGCACACUAAUUAUGGACAACAUACCAGAACCACAGUGAAAUCAGGAUUUCUCAUUAUGAGCAGCACCUAAUGACAGCAGAAUUACCAGGAGGUGACAGCCUCACGGCAUCUGUGAUAACUCCUCCAGUGCCUUGCUCUGCUGCCCUGUGCAGGGGCCAAGCUCGGGGCUGCCUUGCCCAGUCUCUCUUGCCUCUGCUUUUGGCCUUGCAGUGCUCCCUGCAGGUGCUGCACAUGGCAGGAGCUGGGAGGCACAGGGGUCAGCCUGCAUCUUUGUACCCUCCCACAGUACAAGUCAUUUUUCUCCCAGCAAAAGAGCAAUGCUAAGGAUUGUGGCCAUUCCCAAGUCAGUGGAGACUCCAGAUACAAGGGGAGGUGUGGGCAAAGUGGGGAAUUUGGGGGGGAUACAAGGGGCUGUAGGAUGGAGACGUUUUCUGUGUCCCAUGCUAUUUUCUGCCCAUGAAAUUCUCUCUCUCAUAGAUCAGGCCACUUCAUAAGGAAAGAGAGAGACACUCCUCUCCUCUAACCACAUAGCCUGCCCACCUUCCUGCUCUUUCUUCCAACAGGUUUUAAUUCUAGCACAAUCCUCAUUAGUAUUGUGGUGAUUCAUUUACACCUCAGAGCCUGUUUCCCGUGCAAGAGGCACAUAUUAGCAACCUAGGACUGGAGCCUUCAGGUGACAGUGCUGCACUGACCUCACUUGACAUUUGCCAGUGUUUUGGAAAGAACCAAAGCUGUGCCUGGAACACAUCCCAAGAGAGUCCACUGUGAAACCAAAAUGGGAAGGGCUAAAGAGGAAAACCAGAAGAGUACUUUGUUUCUUAUUUUUCUUAAGCAAGAAAGACAGUUCAUGAGAGAAGAGAAUGUAAACUAAGAUAAAAGUAGGAAAAGUAUGUGGGAAGGCAAACAUUGCAAAUAAAACAGAGGAAGCUGGUCUUGUACAUGGUAAAAUAAGUUUGAUCGGCACAGCUGAGCUGUGCUUUCUCCUGUCUGAAUGAACUUUUUGCCUAUGUUCUGCUGAAAAUCCAUAUUUUGCUUGGAAAUGUCUCUGUGAUUAAUAAGGCUGAACUAAAAAGAGUAAAUGGAAAUUUCUUUUGAUGUGAAAGAUGUGCAGGCAGUUUUCUGUGCCACAAAAGAGAGAUCUCUCUGCACUGGUGGACAUGUUUGCUGUAGCUGCUGUGCUCACUGGAGCACUCUGCAGAAACCAUGAGAUGAGGGCUGGUUCCCAUUGGACUGCUCACAGGUAGGAGCACCAGGGACAUGAUCCUCAGGGCUGCCCACCAAGUCAGCACCUGCUCAGGCUGCUAUGCCAGCCUCUUGUGCCAGGAAAACAAGUUCAUGGGUGGUGGUGGUUGUUUUUUAAAUGGAGGUUUCAGUGGGCUGUGCAGGAAAUUUGAAGCUUUUCCCAACAGCCACCUGUUAAUGAUUUUUUUCUAUUUAGCGGCACCUCUCAUCCUUCCUCCCCAACAGGAUCCCAAUGCUGCAGGCUCUAGAAAGGCCCUUUUUCCUUCAGCCCUCGUGGAGAGUAACCAAGGAUGUCAGAGGCAAAAGAUCCAGAAGCCAGGACUACAUGGCUUGAACAGCCUCCAACAGCAGUGUGCCAUCAGCUGGGACAUUUUGCACUGCAGGAGCAAUGGCACAGCAGGUGUAAUCCAGCAGAGAGGUGAAGGGUGACCUCUACCCCAACUGGGAAGCAGCAGGUCUUUAGUAAUGUCAAUGUCACAUCAUAGGGACAACAAGGACGUCUGGUGGGACAGAACUGUGGCCAUCUGGACUAGGGCUCUGCCCAGACUCUUGUUCUGCAGCUCUUUGCCUAGGAGCCUGGGUUACACCACACUAGGUGUGAGAAGUGUUUGGCAAGGCUGCCCAUCCCUGCCCAGUGCAGCCCCAGAAGUCUUCAUGCACCUCCUUGCAGCUGCAGCCCAUCUCCUUGCUGCCCCUGCUUGGCCCAUGGCCCAGCUUGUGCCUCUGUGCUGAGAGAAAGUUCUCUGCAGACAUCUCAUUUCAAAUAUUUGUUCAAAGCAAUUGGCUCAGGUGCUUUUAGAUGAAACCCCAUGGAGGUCAGUCAAAACCAUUAGUGUUCCCUAGGUGAUCCAGGCAGUUACAUUUACUGGCUAAAACACAGGCAUGAACUAAAGAGCUUCUGACACCCAGCCUGUCCUUGCUGCUGAAAACUUUGCAUUUCAGUGGGGAACCAUGAACUGAGUGCAUGAUAAAGCCUUUAACAGCUCUGAAGAAGAGGGCAGAGCAUUGCCAAUUUCUCCAAUUUUUUAGAGGCAACUUUCAUAUGACAGAACUCAUGAGCCUUAAUUCGCAUCAAAUGCAAAAGAAGUGUCUUACAUAAGCAGAACUGCCAGCAGAAAACAGCCAAUGACUUAUCUGUGAGCUCCAGGGUAGCAGGGAAACGGGCAAGUGAAUGAGGAAGGGUCACUGACCUUUGCAUGCAGAGAAAAUUCAAAGCACAUUGUCUGCUGCCAUUGUGCAAGUGAGAGGUGCUUGGCCCAUGUCCAGCCUGCCAACAUGAAAAUGCAACAUUUCACAAAUGGCAGGCAUGCAGGAAUCCUUGCAGACAUGCAGAAAUAAAAUUAGCCCAGGCAACAAAGGGAGGAAGAAGAAACAAACAAAUUAAAAGAUCCAUAGGCCUCUUGCAGCUUCUCCCCGCUAGCCCAAGUAGGCUCAUUUCCACUAGGGCUUGUGAAAGAUACAGCCAUGGUGAGUUUGUUUGUCACAAACAAAAACAAGAGUAAAAUGGGGGGAAGAAAGCAGUUUAGGAUGUGCAUCUACCACUGUGCACUUAAAGCUAUAAAAGGGUGACAGUGUCCUGAUACAAUGACUGAAGUUUGAGUCUCUGUUCAAGUACUGCUUCUGAAACCUUUCAGUGAUGUCUGUUGUUCUAUAUCCAGACACAGAAAAGGAAAAGAAAAAGGAAAACCCAGGAAAAAUAUGAGAUACCUUCUCUCCUUAUCUAGAGGUCAUUUGCAAUGUAUCUUCUACGACUAUGCCUUACUGAAUGUGUCAUAAUUUCCUUGUGCUACUAACCAGUCCCUUUUCCUGGUCAGAUUCCAGGAUGUGUACUACUGCAGUGUCAACAGGUAAUAACAAACAGCUUGAUGCCCCUUCUUGUGACUGAAUGUUUUCUGCUAGAGUUUUGGUGGUGGUGAUGUUGUUUUUGUUUGGGUUGGGGGGGAUGAUGUUGAUGUUUUUUGCAGCAUACCAAAGGUUUGGUUGUGAAA